AUGAAAUCUAUUUCACUUGCUUUAUUUGCCUUGUUCAAUAUUCUAUUCAUUAAUUGUCUUCCAUUUAAUAUCAAAAAUAACGAUGGAAAUCAAUGUGAAAUCUCCUUUUUUGAUACUCAGGCUUGUAACAUAUGGUAUCAGCAACAAGGUAAUCCUAAAGAUCUUUUGAGCCAAACAGUAAUACCACCAUGUCAGAUUUCAACAUUAUUUCCGGAGCAAUUGCCUGGUGGUUGGGAAGCAGAUGAAACAUGUAAUGCACACCAGCAUUUUGGUCAUUGUGAAUUCCAUCCAGGUGCAUACGGCUGUUAUCGAAGUUGUGUAAAUUCAACAGGACCAAGUGGUCAAGCAUGUUAUUAUCAAAAUGGUACCUGGAUUUCAGAUCCUCGAGAAGGCGGUGGUACAGUCGAUGCCGAAACUCCAUGUGGUGACUUGGUCCAAGAAAUAAAACACUUCUGUGCCGAUUUUAUACCAUAUUUUGUAUGUUGUGUAUUGCCCACUACUAGUUCCGCGGAGAAUUGCAAUAAAUACUAUCUAGCACGUCCAGCAGGAACAUGUAACGGUACAUCUGCUUUUUGA